AUGGUUGGUGUAUUCUCGGUAUCGUCGGCUCGAAAUCUGUUAUCAAGGUUUGCGGUCCCGUUUUAUCCAGUUGAUUGGGUCAAAUGGGUCCCAACAAAACUGAAUAUCUUCGCGUGGCGCGGGGUUCAAAAUCGCCUUGCGACAAUGACCGGUCUUAAGAAACGGGGUAUGCUUCAAGGAUCGGCAUUAUGUAAGUUAUGCGGCGAACAAGAUGAGGAUGCGGACCAUCUUUUUGCUUCAUGUUAUGUGGCGUCGAUACUCUGGCAGAAAGUGAGCUCGUGGUGCAAAAUUCAGCAAGUUUUUGCUUUCACCAUGAAAGACUUGCUGGAGUUUCAUAAGAGCUCGGCGAUCGAAGUGCAGAAAAGAGACUAUGUUCAAACUAUUUUACUUGCAACGUGUUGGGGAAUAUGGAAAGCAAGAAACGAAAACAUCUUCAGGGGUAAACGUGUCAACAUCGAUGCAAUUUUCGGGGAGAUGCAAGCGAAUAGUUUCUUAUGGAUAAGAUGCAGGGCGAAAAAAAGGUUACUGGAAUGGAGCAAGUGGGCGCGGUUCGAGCUAUAG